CUUCUCUCACACAAACAUCAAAGUCCCAAAACCCAAGCUUUUUGGUUCUUUCUCAACACGUUAAUUGUCUCGUUUCUCUAACUCCUACCCCCAAGCUCAAGUUAGAAAUUUCAUAUGGAGCUCCUUAUGCCCUGUUCACGCAUUGUUUUGAUAAUGGCCAUGGUGGUGGUCUUCAUUAUUCCUGUUUAUGGCCAGAUUAGUACCCCAUGCAACGCCUCCAUCAUUUCUAGCUUCACCCCUUGCAUGAACUUAUUAACAAAUAGCACUGCAAAUGGUACCUCACCAAGUGCAGACUGCUGCAAUUCCCUCAAGUCCCUCACAAGUGGUGGCCUGGACUGUCUGUGCCUCAUUGUAACUGGAAGCGUUCCCUUCCAAAUACCCAUCAAUCGGUCCUUGGCCAUCUCUCUCCCUCGUGCUUGUAAUAUGCCAGGCGUUCCCGUCCAAUGCAAAGCCUCUGCUGCACCUAUUCCUGCUCCAGGUCCCUUCUCGCCAGGGCCAACCCUGUCCCCCGGCCUCUCUCCAACUCCUAGUCCUAAAGCUUCUUCUGUCCCGGAACCCAUAUCACCUACUCAGGCACCAGAAUCCGACACAACACCUCUCACUCCACCAGCUCCAACAGUGGAUUCCGAAGCUCCAACUGCAACUACAGGAAGCCGCCCGGUUCUGACCCCGUCAGCUGCCAUUCCCUCUUACAGUCUCUCACCAUCCUUCCUUCUACUUGUGUUAGGAGUAUUUAUUUGAGCAACUGUUUUAGCCUGUUGUCUUUCCAGUCUGUAUGUAUGCUUUCGAUUUGGCAUUGUUGAUGAGUACUCUUUCGAGGGCAUGACUAUUAUUUGGGCUCCUUCAGAUCAUUGAGAGCCACAUAGGAUGAUUAUAUUUUAUGGGAGAAUGAAUUCUUUGUAAAAACGCAUACAUCAGUGGAAAUAAAGAUUUUAUUAUUCUACUUCA